AUGGGUAUUGGCGCAUUCGCAGAGCCUCUUGUGGUGGUCACACUGCUGUUUGGCGGUGUAUAUGUGAACCGAAACACUAAUUACAAGCUAUUUGGAAAGAAUGGUCGUGGUUGGGAAGAGAAACGAUUUGAUCAUGGUCGCGACGAAACUCCUACUGGGUCUGAAUGGCCCUCUCCACGGUCCUCUGCCGAUACUUUACUCGAGGAAGCUGUAAGCCUCACGCAGUCCGAGCCAACAUGGAGGAAGCGAGAGAUUUCUCUAUGGAGACUUCGCUUUGAGGUGACAUCGCCCAACACUGCGGUUUUCCAAGACUAUUUCCUAAGCCAACUGCUCCGCAAGCUUCCAUUCCUGGCCGAGUGCUGGUACUGGGCUCUGAUAUAUUGGGUUUACCAAGUCGGAAGAGCGAUCAGCGCACUCACCCUCGACGAAAAGACAGUUGAUGUGGCUCGACACCACGCUUUGCAGGUGAUCGCCUUGGAAAAGCGACUCAAGAUUUUCUGGGAACCAUAUAUCCAAUCGGUGUUUAUGCAACACGAGACAAUGAUGCACUGGAUCAACAGGAUAUACUCUUACAUCCACAUCCCUGGAACCAUCUUCUUUUUAGUGUUCCUAUACUUCUACACAAUUACUCGCAAGCGAACCGAUGAGAGACAACUCAGUGGAGACUUGAGUGGCCAAGCAGGCUCCAACACUGGCGCCGCAUUGUACCAGGCCAGGCGACGGACCAUGGCCAUGUGCAAUCUUCUCGCCUUUAUCGUCUUCACUGCUUGGCCAUGCAUGCCACCCCGACUGCUGAGCGAUCCCAAUCCUACAGGAGCCGAGGCCGAGCUUGGUCGAACAUAUGGCUUUGUCGAUACUGUGCACGGAAAGGGUGGUGAAAGCAGUGUCUGGACACAAAAUAAGUUCUGCAACCAAUAUGCCGCCAUGCCCUCCCUGCACUUUGGUUACUCUCUCAUGAUCGGACUGACUAUUUCCAUGCUCCCGUUAGCGCCCCAGCAUCGUGUUCCAAUGUCACUGCGGGUUGCUGGCCUACACUUGAGAUUUCCUUCUCUUCGCCGCAUGCUAUGUGUUGCAGCAGGAUUUCUCUACCCAUUCAUUAUCCUUAUCGCUAUUGUGUCAACCGCCAACCACUUUAUCCUUGACGCCGUUGCGGGAGCAUGCGUUUGUGCCCUGGGAUGGUGGGGAAAUCGGUUUCUCUUGAAUUUGUUGCCACUCGAAGACUACUUCUUGUGGUGUUGCCGCCUUCACAGACCCAUGUAG